CGCCAGGCCACGCCAAUCCCCCCUCCGCCUCUGGCCUCCGUUCCUUGUUUCUUGCUUCUUCAUUUAGGGUGCACGUUAGGUUUCCGUCUUCUUCCGCCGUCGCUGUUCUAGGGCUACAUAUCCCUUGAUUGUUUCAGAGUAUCGGAUACUGCUGGGGAGGAGGAUUCCCGGCGGGGAAAGCAGAAAGCUGUUUGAGAGAUCCCUUUGUUUAAGCCUCCUUCUGAAGGGCCGGCGUGGGUAUUCUGUGGUGGUUUGACGGAGCGCUAGGGUUUCACUUCUCUAUAUCAGAACCCGCCUGCUUCGUUUGAGGGGGUGGCCGGGGCUCCGGCCUCGGCGGGUUUCAAAGCCCCCAUUUCGAGAUCGAAAUCUGAAAAUUAAGGUAGAGUUUUUUGUCUUUUGGUCUUGUGGCUGCGACGGCGAAGAAAUGCCGGCUCUCGAGUGCGUAGACGCUGCAAUUCCUCGUGCCUACGCCUUCGCGAGAGAUGACGCUCUUCCCGCGCCGAGGGCAUUCCUUGGCGGCGCUCCGACGACCAAAGGCUGCGAUACCUCUGACGACUUCUCUUCGCCUUGGUCCACCGCCCAUUCCGCGGCCCUUUAUCAGAUCGAGGCAUGGGGCGCGCCUUACUUCAGCGUUAACUCUGACGGCGACAUCGCCGUGCGGCCGCAUGGUACUGCCACCCUUCCCCACCAGGAGAUCGACCUGAUGAAGGUGGUUAAGAAGGCAUCUGCCUCCACAACUGCUGGUGGACUGGGCCUCCGCCUUCCGCUCCUCGUCCGCCUUCCAGAUGUCCUGAAGCACCGGCUCGAGUCCCUCCACGGCGCCUUCGACUCCGCCAUCCAAUCUAACGGAUACCUUGCGCACUACCAGGGCGUCUACCCGGUCAAAUGCAACCAGGAUCGCUAUGUCGUGGAGGAUAUCGUUGAGUUUGGGACUCCAUUUCAUUACGGCCUUGAGGCCGGAUCCAAGGCGGAGCUCCUCCUCGCCAUGACUUGCCUCACUCGUGGUAGCCCGGACGCUUUUCUCAUCUGCAAUGGAUACAAGGACGAGGAAUACAUUGCCCUCGCGCUCAUCGCCCGUAGCAUGGAUCUCAACACCGUGAUCGUCCUGGAGCAGGAGGAGGAAUUGGACACGGUUGUCGAGAUCAGCCGAAGGCUCGGUGUCAGACCCGUCGUCGGCCUCCGAGCCAAGCUACGCACCAAGCACUCUGGUCAUUUUGGAUCCACCUCCGGAGAAAAGGGCAAGUUCGGGCUGACCACCAUGGAAAUCCUCUCCGUGGCCCGAAAGCUGCGGCGCCUGGAGAUGCUCGAUUGCCUGCAACUUCUACACUUCCACAUCGGCUCGCAGAUCCCUUCCACCUCGCUGCUUGCCGAUGGCGUCGGCGAGGCCGCCCAAAUCUACUGCGAGCUCGCAAGGCUUGGGGCCGAGAUGCGCGUCAUUGACAUCGGUGGUGGCCUCGGCAUCGACUACGACGGCUCUCGCUCCGGCGAUUCGGACAUGUCCGUGAGUUAUGACCUCGAGGAGUACGCCUGCGCCGUGGUGCGGGCCGUGAUGUUGGCAUGCGACCGCAAGAAUGUGCGCCAUCCAAUCAUUUGCAGCGAGAGCGGCCGCGCGCUGGUGUCCCAUCAUUCCGUGGUCAUCUUCGAAGCAGUCUCAUCCAGCGCCAUCGGAGCCGGUACUUUGCCUUUCGCUGGUGCCGAUGUCUCGUUCCUCGCGGAGGAGCUCUCGGACGGCGCGCGUGCCGAUUACAGCAAUCUGAUAGCAGCCGCAUUUCGCGGAGACUACAAAUCCUGUGCAGUUUAUGCAGAUCAGUUGAAGCGGACAUCCGUCGAACAUUUCAAGGACGGGAUUGUUGGUCUAGAACAAUUGGCGGCGCUGGAUGUCCUUAGCGAUAUCAUCGCGAAGGCAUUGGGCGAGGCUGAUCCAGUGAAGACAUACCAUGUUAACUUGUCCAUCUUCACCUCGAUUCCAGAUUUCUGGGGUAUCGGGCAGGUCUUCCCCAUCGUCCCAAUCCAUCAUCUCGACCAGAGGCCGGGAGUGAAAGGCAUUCUGUCCGACCUAACUUGCGAUAGCGAUGGGAAGGUGAACCAGUUCAUCGGAGGGCAAUCUACCCUUCCGCUACACGAACUCAGUGGCGGCGGCGGCGGAUACUAUUUGGGGAUGUUCCUCGGAGGGGCUUAUCAGGAGGCGCUCGGGGGUCUGCACAACCUGUUCGGGGGACCGAGCGUUGUGCGCGUGUCGCAGAGCGAUGGGCCGCACUGCUUCGCGGUGAUGCUGGCGGUGCCCGGCUCAUCUUGCGCGGACGUCCUGCGAGCGAUGCAGCAUGAGCCCGACGUGAUGUUCGAGGCGCUCAAGCACCGCGCAGCCGAGUGCGGGGUGGAGGGCGGCGACGCCAUUAUGCGCGUUCUCCAUUCGAUGCCGUACCUCAUCUGCGGGGACGGUGGUGGCGUGGUCGCAGGGGACGCUACGAGCAGCGACUCGGACGGGUGCUGCGGCGUUGGUAUGGAGGAGGAAGACGAGUACUGAGCUGCUGAAGGUGAUUCUGCCGUUAUGUUCUAGUCGUCGGAGUGUCGCGUUUCCGUCGACGUCGGUCCUUUAUUCUGUUCAAAUGUUGGUAGUGGGUAGUGAGGGUGCUGCGGCGGAGGUAUGGAGGAGGAAGACGAGUACUGAGCUGCUGAAGGUGAUUGUGCCGUGCAGUUCUAGUCGUCGGAGUGUUGCGUUUCUGUCGACGUCGGUCCUUUUAUUAUGUAUGUUCAAAUGUUGGUAGUGGGUAAUGACGGUGUUAGAUCCGCAUCUACUUUUGGCGAUGGGAUCUGGCCGCUCACGUGAGUCGUCGGUCUAAUCUCAGUUUGUUUGCAAUUCAGUUGAGUUCCAAUUUACUAGUUGUGGUCUUCUGCACUGGUGAUCUUAUUUAAUAAGAAUUUUCUUUGUAUUUUA